AUGGAGGAUGCUAACCCUGUAACAGUACCUGCAAACCAUCAUCAUCAGAUGUGUACUGACCUGCAUAAAAGGAGACAGAAGGGCAUGUCCAAUGUUCCAUAUAGGCAAGCUGUGGGUAGUCCGAUGUAUUUGUCAGCAGGAACACGCCCAGACAUCACUUUCGCAGUCAACAGUGUUAGUCAGCAUCUCGAGAAACCAAUGAAAAUACAUUGGAGUGCUGUGAAUCACCUUCAUGCCUCCAGUGACGCAGACUAUGCUGGCGAUGCUGAACUUAGGAGAUCCACAACUGGUAUGUUGUUAAAGCUCGGUGAAUCCACUAUUACUUGGGCCUCAACAAAGCAGAAAAUGGUAGCACUUUCUACAACUGAGGCUGAAUACAUUGCAGCCAGUCAGACAGUGAAAGAAAUUGUUUGA